GGGAAGCAUUUCUCCGACAGAAAAGUUAAACCUUCACACCCAUUCCACUGAGACAUCGCCUGGACAAAUCUCUGCAUCAUCUCAACACUGACAACUAAGGACCGUCAUAAUGGCUAUGGUAUCAGAGUUUCUGACGCAGCUGUCUUUCAACAUUGGGGCCAAUGAACCCACAUACCCCACUGUGGUACCUGUAGUGGACUUUAACCCCGACAGAGAUGCUGCCAGAAUAGAGACUUCUAUCAAAACCAAAGGAGUGGAUGAACAGACCAUCAUCGAGGUCCUAACAAAGCGGACCUACUCACAAAGGAGAGACGUCGCGUUUGCGUAUGAAAAGAAGGCAAAGAAGGACAUGAUCUCAGCCCUGAAGGGAGCGCUGUCAGGCUCUCUGAAAACAGUGAUCCUUGGACUGAUGAAUAGCACGGCCGAGUACGACGCCUCAGUGAUCAGAGGAUCUAUCAAGGGCGCCGGAACAGAUGAAGAAACGCUGAUUGAGGUUUUGUGCUCACGCAGCAACGAUGAGCUGGUGGAGAUCAAGAAAGUCUACAUGGAGUUGUUCAAGAAGGACCUGGAGAAAGACGUGGCAGGUGACACCUCUGGGAACUUUGCUAAGCUGCUCUUGGCUCUGGUGCAGACCAAGAGAGCGGCUCCAUCCUCUAUUAUAGACUAUGAAAAGAUUGAUGACGAUGCCAGAGCCCUCUUUGAGGCUGGGAUAAAGAUGAAAGGAACUGAUGUGCCGACCUGGAUCUCCAUUAUGUCUGAGAGAAGCGUACCCCACCUGCAAAAAGUGUUUCAGAGGUACAAGAGUUACAGCCCCUACGACAUGCAGGAGAGCAUCGUGAAGGAAGUUAAAGGAGACUUGCAAAAGUCCUUCCUGGUGCUAGUUAAGUGCUUUGAAAACAAACAGCUGUACUUCGCCAACAGACUCAAUGAAGCCAUGAAGAGUAAAGGAGCCAAAGAGCAGAUGGUGACCAGAAUUAUUGUGUCACGCUGCGAGGUGGACCUGAAGAAGAUCUGUUCUGAAUACAAGACCAACUUUGGAGAGUCUGUGCAAAAGACUAUUUUGGAACACACCAAGGGAGACUACCAGAAGGUGCUGCUUAGCCUGUGUGGACCAGAGGAGUAAACAUGAACCAUCAGUAUUGAAAGCGCCCCACUUUCCACCCUUUGGAAAUGUGCACUGGAAAGGUGGGCUUAUGAAUAUGACACUUGGAACAAACUCUGCGGCAAAAACCCAUCCUGCUUUUUCUGCAUACAUUUGAAUGCAACAUUCAACGAGAUGCAAUUAAUCAUUUUUGAUACAUGAAGAAUCUGUACUCUAUCUUACUUUUGUUAUAGCAAAACGGCAAUAAAGUUGCUUUGUUGGAG